AUGAGGUUGACGUUGUGCCGAUGGCAGCGGCCGGACGCCUCGCGGCCUGUCCCGCGACGGUCGCCGUCGCAGCGAGCCGAUAAGCCCGAGCAGCUGAAGGAAUUUGCGCAUCGCCUUGACUCGUGGUCCGAGUCGCGUUCGAACAAGUCGAUUUUUGAGAGUUGGAUGGCGCUCUCGCCUCGCGUGCGUAUAGCCAUGGGCCUGGCAGCGAUUGGAUUUUCCGUCACGGGGCUCUAUGUGGCUGACUGGCUGGAAAAAGCGUAUCCGAACGAGACGGCGCGGGACGUGGCGCCGCGUCCGACGAUGACGCAUGAGGCGCCCCAGCCGCGCCUGUUUUCCAUUAGUAUCGUGGACCGUGAAUCGUGA